CACCGACCUCCAGCCGGUGGGCAUGGGCGCAUUUGGUCUGGUCUGCUCUGCACGCGAUCAACUGACAGGGCAGGCGGUCGCUGUCAAGAAGAUCAUGCGGCCGUUCAGCUCGUCUGUGCUGGCUAAGCGCACGUACCGCGAGCUGAAGCUGCUGAAGCACCUGCGGCACGAGAACAUCAUCAGCAUGAGCGACAUCUUCAUUUCGUCGCUGGAGGACAUAUAUUUCGUGACAGAGCUGCUGGGCACGGACCUGCACCGGCUGCGGCAGUCGCGGCCGCUGGAGCAGCAGUUCAUCCAGUACUUCCUGUACCAGAUCCUGCGCGGCCUGAAAUACGUGCACUCGGCAGGCGUGAUCCACCGUGACCUGAAGCCGUCCAACAUUGUGAUCAACGAGAACUGCGACCUGAAGAUCUGCGACUUUGGAUUAGCGCGCGUACAGGACCCGCAGAUGACUGGGUAUGUGUCGACGCGCUACUACCGCGCGCCCGAGAUCAUGCUGACGUGGCAGAACUACGAUGUGGCUGUGGACAUCUGGAGCACCGGGUGCAUUUUCGCCGAGAUGUUCGAGGGCACGCCGCUGUUCCCUGGCAACGACCACGUCCACCAGUUCUCGAUCAUCACCGAGCUGCUGGGCACGCCGCCCGACGAUGUCAUCCAGACCAUCGGCAGCGAGAACACGCUCCGGUUUGUGCAGUCGCUGCCGCACCGCGAACCCGUGCCAUUCAGCGAGCGGUUCCGCACCAUUGACCCGCAGGCUCUGGACCUGCUGGAGAAGAUGCUGGUGUUUGAUCCCCGCAGGCGUAUCACUGCUGCUGAGGCCCUGGCGCACCCGUACCUGGCCACCUACCACGACGAGGCCGAUGAGCCCGUGGCGGAGAACCGGUUCGACUGGUCGUUCAACGACGCCGACCUGCCUGUCGAGGAGUGGAAGGUCAUGAUGUACAACGAGAUCCUGGAUUUUUUGAAUGUCUCAGACGGUCCCGUGGGCGCUUCUGAACCAGCUGCGGAUGCUGGCGCCGCAAUGGCUGUUGACUCUGGCGCUGCUGCUCCCUGAACCCCCACUCCUUCGGGCCCGCACUAUAUUGUCUUUUACCUCAUUCUACCUUAUUCGUGGAUGCAAAUGACAAGCCAUUUGAAGCGACUUGUAGGAACGCCAUGCGUAGCUGUUGUUUUGCCAAUAUAUGCAAAGGCAC